UGUUUUGACACAGACACACACACACCAGAGGUAAAAGACAGGAUGAAAGUGGAUGUUAACGCUCCUGAACACUUUUAACAUGGCACACAAACUUUUCUUUGUCUUCUGCCUGUUUGUUUUUCACUCUGUUUCUUUCUCGAGCAUCAUUCAGUAUCCUGCAGUAGUGAAGGUGUUUCUUGGUGAAACGGUCUCAAUGACAUGUGAUACAGUGGAACUCCUCUCCAAAUGUGAUUCAAUCUCCUGGUUUAAAGUGCAGCUGAGAACCAGAGAGAUGAACGUGACCACCGCCGUUCACACUGAUCUGGGACAGAGACCGUGUACAGGAUUCAUCUAUAACACGAGCACGGCUGAUUCGGGGAUUUACUACUGCUCUGUAAAACACAGUGUGAUCUCCUACAUGGGCAACGGCUCCACCGUCAUCAUUACAGAGCGCCAACCUCGUCCCAUCAUAACUCCCUACGUCCCGGAUGUGAGUGUCGGACCCUCCGUCUCUCUGCAGUGUGUGGUGAUGGGGGUCGUCCCAUCUGAAGUGAGUGUUUCCUGGGUCAUAGGUGAAUCAGAGAUGACCGGGUGGACGGAGUCGGGCUGGACACACACCAACGACUCGGCUGUAGAAUACACACGCGCUCAUAUCAGCAUUCCCUCAGAGAACUGGAUGGAGGCUCAGAAUGUGGAGUGUGUGGUCGAGGUGGACGGCAGACGUGUCUCUAAAUCUCUUAAACAAGGCUCCAGUCAGUUGUGUUCAUGGUUGAUGUAUUUGUGCUCCAGUGUUGCCCUCGUCAUUGUUAUUGUGUUUCUCAUUACUCUUGUUUCAUUACAGCCAGCAGGACAGAGUUGUGUGCCUGCGAGAUCAACUGAAUAUCACUUCAAUCGACGAAAUGGAGGCAAAAAGAGGACAGACAGAGCAAAGAGAUUCUCCAUACCGGAUGUGCAGUACGCAAGUUUGGACCUGAUCAGUAACGGACAACAAGGAAGCACCACUUUAAACAGGAAUGUUCUUCUUAAUGAAUGAGUGAGUGAGUGAAUGAGUGAGUUAAUGAGUGAUUGAGUGAGUGAGUUAAUGAUUGAGUGAUUGGGUGAGUUAAUGAGUGAAUGAGUGAGUUAAUGAGUGACUGUGUGAUUGAGUGAGUUAAUGAGUGAUUGAUUGAUUGAGUGAGUGAGUUAAUGAGUGAGUGUGUGAUUGAGUGAGUUAAUGAGUGAUUGAGUGAGUGAGUGAGUGAGUGAGUGAGUUAAUGAUUGAGUGAUUGGGUGAGUUAAUGAGUGAGUGAGUGUGUGAUUGGGUAAGUUAAUGAGUGAGUGAGUGUGUGAUUGGGUGAGUUAAUGAGCGAGUGUGUGAUUGAGUGAGUUAAUGAGUGAUUGAGUGAGUGAGUGAGUGAGGGAGGGAGUGAGUUAAUGAUUGAGUGAUUGGGUGAGUUAAUGAGUGAGUGAGUGUGUGAUUGAGUGAGUUAAUGAGUGAUUGAGUGAGUGAAUGAGUGAGUGAGUUAAUGAUUGAGUGAUUGGGUGAGUUAAUGAGUGAGUGAGUGUGUGAUUGGGUAAGUUAAUGAGUGAGUGAGUGUGUGAUUGAGUGAGUUAAUGAGUGAUUGAGUGAGUGAAUGAGUGAGUGAGUUAAUGAUUGAGUGAUUGGGUGAGUUAAUGAGUGAGUGAGUGUGUGAUUGGGUAAGUUAAUGAGUGAGUGAGUGUGUGAUUGGGUGAGUUAAUGAGUGAGUGAGGGUAUUAUUAUUAAGUAGUAGUAAAAGUUGUAUAAGCUCUUCUUAAUAUAUAUCAUACUGAAUAAUAAACCACUGGCAAUCACAUAUCACAUACGAGUGAGUUAAUGAGUGAAUGAGUGAGUGAGUUAAUGAGUGAAUGAGUGAGUGAGAGUUAAUGAGUGAGUGAAUGAGGGAGAUUGAGUGAGGGAGUUAAUGAGUGAGGGAGUGACUUAAUGAGUGAGUUAAUGAUUGAGUGAGUGUGUUAGUGAGUGAGUUAGUGAGUGACUGACUGAGUGAGGAGUGAAGAAAAGCAUUAUGAUGUCCUAAAAUGUCCAAU